AUGGCAUUACCAAAGGAAGUGAAUCUCGCUGGCGCGGUUAUAUUAGAAACUCGAAAAAGAAAGUUGCCUAUUACAAAAAGUGAUGACGCCGUCAGAACAAAUAAAGUAUCAAAGAUGUUGUCACCUCCACAAACUGAAUGUCCCACUUGUAGUGGUGGAGCCGGGGGCCGAUCAUCCGGAUGUUCAUCAGGAUCCCUCGUUGAAGGACAGUGCUCUAACCCCACCGGGAAUGCCGAAUGCAAUAUUGGAUUGGAUGACAUCAGACAGCAGAUGCUCGAUCCCCAUAACUUCUAUCGCUGCAAGCACGGGUCACCUCAGCUGCAACUGUCUUCACAACUUAAUGACUAUGCCCAAGAAUGGGCUGAGGAAUUGGCGGCUACUGACUCAUCCGAGCACAGUACAAACAGAGGAUCUAACCCACCUAAUCGCGGAGAAAAUAUAUGGACCGGAUAUGACGUAUUUAGAUGGCAAUCAUAUGAUCAAUUCACAGGAUCCACGCCAGUAUCCGAUUGGUAUUCAGAGAUUGUAAACUAUGAUUUUGCUUCAGGUACUCUCAACAGUUCCAAUGAACAUUUCACACAACUUGUAUGGAAGUCUAGCGACCAACUGGGGUGUGGCAUAGCAACAGCACAGAGGGCGUAUGGACCAAAGUUCUACGUGGUUUGCCAAUAUGAACCAGCCGGUAAUUUUGGCAAUUUCGACCUCAAUGUACCACCACUUGUCUGA